UAUUUUGGGUCUUCAUUUGGCCAAAGCUGGAGAUGAGUGCAAUCAUGCUUCUCUUCUUUGAAGUUUAGAUAUCUGGUCAUUAUCCCAAGUAACCAGACUAUCAAAUGGAGGAAACAUUAUGGUUUUAGCGACGAGUCAUGUCAUGGAGCUGUAUAAUCUAAAGUCAUCCACAUUAGUUUGAGUGUGGGCCAAACUGCAGAUCUAACUUAUGGUGAGCCCUGAAUCUAUUUAUGCAAAUUCUCUUUUUAAUUUCUCAUCUCGUGGGUAAAGAAACUUGGAGCCAGGAAUUUUUAUAAAGCUUCACGACUGGUAGUUAGUCAUAGAUUGAAAUCAAGUAUAUCUAGUGCAACACAUUAGUGCAUUUAUUUUCGUCGCAAACCAUCCAUACUUUCCUUCUAUCUACCAUUGUCACCUCAGUUCUUUACAAUUUAUAUUUUCCCUUUUCAUGAGUAAAGGGCAGCUCUACAAACAUAUAUGGACCAUUGCUCAGUCGAAGAUGUUCUAUCCACCAAUAUUGACUUUGACAUAUUAAUCAAUGCCAAAAUAAAGCCACAAAGUUGAUAAUGUUUUUACCUAAUUUCAGAUAUUGCACUGAAGCUGCAGUGAAGCAAUUACAACCUUUGACAGAAUAGGCUUAAAAGUGCAUGUAUAACCCCUCUGGUUAAUUUUUUUUAUUUUAAAGAUUUCUGAGAAAUCAUAUGCUUGCAUUUCUAAUAUGAGCUUGCCUUGUGUCAAAACCUCCUAUAUUUUCAUAAACAAUACUACAAAGAAUCAUGUUUUCUGCUCACCAAUGAAUUCAUACCAUCUACUUCCUCAACAAUCCAAGUUUUACUACAGCUAUAUCGUUACUUGAUGAUAAGUUUAACUUCUUUAAGGACAACAAAGCAUCCAAGCAACGGACUUUUGCUGUGAUAUUGUAAAUUUGAUAAUGUUAGUAAUCGCUAUAUUGAAUAUCUUUGUCUACAAGCUCUGUGAACUUAAUGAAGCCAAGUAUGAUGAUAAAGACAAGAAGAUGGCUUUGCUUCCAUCAGGGCAAAUAUGUCGUCGCUUUUCACUUAAUGAGAUUUAAUGGGCAACACAUAACUUUAAUGAUAAGUAUCUGACAAGAAUGGGAGGCUCCGCGAAAGUCUACAAAGGAAUAAUUGAUUAUGGAGCCACUACUGUUGCUAUAAAAAAAUUGAGUUUUAUUUAAGAACAAGCUGGAGAUUCAGAAUUCUCGACUGAAAUUGAGAUACUCUUCAAGUUUAGGCAGUCUCACUUAGUGAUCCUUAUUGGUUAUUAUGAUAAAUCACAUGAGAUGAUCCUUGUCUUUGAGUAUAUUUCCCAUGGUACACUAUCUGAUCACCUGCAUCGAAGUACUAAAAAAGGUUAUGACUCCUUGUCCUGGAUUCAGCGCUUAAGUAUAUGUACUGGAGCUGCUGCACAGGGGUUGAACCACCUUAACACACUGGUGCAAGCACUCAUUAAAGAGUAAUACAUCAUGGUGUGAAAAGUACAGAUAUUUUGUUGGAUGACAACUUGGAAGCUAAAAUUAUAGAUUUUGGAAUUUCCAAGAUUGUAGAAGCAAAUCAGGGAUUCACUAUGUGUGUACAGCUGUCAGGGGGGCAUUCGGGUACAUGGAUCCAGCAUAAAUUUUGACUGGAAGAUUGACAAGGAAAUCAGAUGUGUAUGCAUUUGGAGUAGUGCUGUUUGAAGUUUUGUCUGGAAGAAGAGCUGUGGAUUUGAGUCAACAUGAUGAGCAAUCAGGUUUAGCUGGACCUGGACAGGAUUGUGUCAAAAAAAGAAGGAUAAAUGAGAUCAUUGAUUCUAAUACGAAAUUUCAGAUUUCGCAAUAUUCUUUAAUGGCUUUUGUGAAAAUUGCAUACCAAUGCUUAAAUAGAAAGUCCAGUUGCUCUGACAAAACUAAAAAAAAGCUCAGCUGCCGACCAACAAUGGCCAAAAUUGUGGUAGUUCUUGAGUUCUCAUUGGCAUUGCAAGAGUUUCCAGAUUCUGGUCUGUUUGUUGGGGCAUUUGGAAGUGAUAGUGUACAAUAUUCUACAGCAGUGGAUGUAGUGUAUGGCGCGCAUCAAAUUAAGUCACUUGAGAUGAAUUGUACUAGGAUAACAUUCUCAAGGAAGAUUUUCUAGAUACUUUCAGCCAUGAUCUGGGUGUUCUGUGAUAUUUGAAGAAAUAUAUCAUUGGGACAAAUCAUUUUCUGGAUUAACAGGCGAUUUAUUGCAUGUCCUUGAUGAAGACACAUUUGCUCCCUCGAGCAGCGGCAUUGGAAUGGCAGUUGCCAUUUAAAGAUUAAAUCCAAACGAAAGAUUCAGAGCUAUGCAGGUAUUUUCACUUAAAAAAAUUUCAGCUGAUUAUCAAAUAGCCAAGGAGUACUAAAAUUGAACUUGAUAACUAUAUCUAGCAUGUCCAUUAAAAAUUGAUUGGGUAGAUGAGUAAUUCCUAGUAGUAUUGCAUGUAUUAAAAUUUCUACGUCCAUAAACUAUGUGUCACAACUCACAGGGCACUGUCCCCAUAUUUUUGAAUUGAAAAGAGUAACUAAUGUAGUUGAGAUAUUUGGUUUUUGAAUUUUGUGGAAGAAGACAGAGGUGGAUCUGUUUGAUAGAUAUUCCCAUCCAAAUCUUGUUAUUGUUAAGCUUCUUGGCUUCACAAUGAAGGGGCCUUAGAAAGAUAUGCAUGCUAAGGUGAGCACUGAUAAUUCAUGUUGAGUUAUGGAUAGUGACUUGUUACAUUUUUAUUUUUAUUUUUGCGAAGAAAUUUAACGGGAAAUUAUAUCACUUUGAACUUUCGAUGAAGGGACAAAAAAAUAAUAAUGUAAACUAGAGUAAAGCAAAUAUGUUUCAUUCAUCUGUUAUAUAAUUUGAGUUUUUAAAAAAAAUUUGAUUUUGUUUUUAUUCUGAUGGACAUCAAUUGCUGUACUACUUUUAGGUCCUGGAGCUGUAUAAUCUAAAAUUGUCCACAUAAUUUUGAGUGUGGGGCAGACUGCAAAUCUAACUUGUGGUGCCCUGAAUCAAUUUAUGCAAAUUAUCUUUCAAUUUCUCAUCUUGUGGGUAAAGAAACUUGGAGCGAGGAUGUUUAUAUUUUCGACUUGCUUCUAGCAUGUCUUGUGUUUGCCAUCUGUGACACUAUUAUUAGGGAAACCCAGCGUACCUAUUGUUCUGAAAUCGUAUAUCUCGGCUACUAUAUUUGCUGUUGAUGCAAAAUUGGUGGGCUGUGUAGGAGUUCUGUUGCUGUGUUAGCAGAUCAAAAACAACUCCCAUAGUUGCUGUUGAUACAGGAUUGGCGACUUAGUUAUUUUUUCUAAGAAUAUGCAAUGAGAAAGACCAACAGACAUUGCUCUUUUCGAAUUCCUAACCCUUAGCCUAUCAUGGAUGUAUAGUAUUUAAUAAAAUACUAUCCAUCCAUAAUAGGGUAAAGGUAUUUGUCCAUUUUUUAGUAUAUAUAAUUAGUAUCGUCCUAACUAAAAUCUAAGAUACAUUGAAAAGAAAUUCUACAAAAUACAUUAUCUUGUGACCUAUAAUUAAUGGUUUAGGGUUCAUCUAAAAUCCACAAUAAAAAAAAUAAAAAUUUAUCAGCCAGCUCACCACAAGAACAGAGUGCAAACAAAAGACAACAACACCAACACGUUUGCAUAAUCUCGUCAAUGUAAUUGCUUCACUGCUAUAUAUUAUUAAGCUCCGUGUUCGCUGGGUUAUAUUAAUAGAUAUUUUUAGGACUUUCUUUAGCCCCAACAUAUUCAUCCUAAUCGUGCAUAUAUGACCAUGCUUGGCUCUCUCGUGAUUCCGUGAUGCUAAAGUGUAUGUUGUUCAUGAUGCUAAAGCGUACAUUGUUCAUGCUUGGGCUCUGCUUUAUGGACUAAUUAUAUUUACUAAACAAUGGACAACAAAGGUUACAAAAGGUUAGUUCUUUCUCCUCCAGUUAUGGUAAUCACAUUUUAUGUCUCAAGCUUUGGUGUCUUUACAGUUUAUAUGACUUUUGGGGACAAUAUUAAUUCAAUUCUGAGCUUCUUGCUGCUUAAAGCUUUAUAAGUGAUAUGCUACUAGAAGAAAUUUAACUUCUCUAAAAUUAUGUUGUACAAUAUGUCACAAUGUAUGUAAGUGUGUGUAGCAGCUGUGUGUUUAGGAAGAGGUAAGGCAGAGAGAGAUUGAACACAAGAGUGCAGUGAACUGUGUGUAUUGUCUAUACUACUACUUCUGCUGCAUUUUCUGUUUUGCUGUGUUAUUACAACGUACAAGAAUGAAGUCCAAGUCUCUUUAUAUAGAUAAACUUAGCUUCUGGUGAAAGCUUGCUACAGUGACUUACUUGGUGGCUACUCUUUCUACAGUAAUUAUGAUGUCACCUUAGUGACAUCAUCUCGUUUAUGUCAUUUUCUAGCUUAUAAUUCAUUUUCUAGCUUAUAUUUAACACAAUAGCAUCCCUUCUCUAUGUUACUCGGACUUUACUAAAAGUGUCCGACAUUGAUACUUCUCCAAGUAUCAUACCCGGCAACAUAUUGAUAAACAUGCAUGUUUUUUGGCCUGAAAUAAGUGUCCAAUUCCGAGUGUCCAUGUCCAUGUCCAAGUGUCGAGUGUCCGACAUGGGUACUCGAAGGUAAAAUGAAGAGUCUGAGUAACAUAACCCCUCUUUAGGUUGUUGAUCCUGUGUUUUUUUACAAUAGUGCCACAAUUUGAAUGUUCUUAUGCAUUGUACAGAGGUGAUUGUGUGCAGGCCGACCCUACUGCAAGUAUUAGGGGCAGAGGGUGUCACAUCGGCAUGCUUCUGUUUCCCUUGAUCACCACAUUGGUGUUGUAAGGAAUCUACUUGAUAAACAGAUUCUUGCAGGAUGAUUACUCCAAGUACAUUUUAGAAUGAUGGUUCAACUAAUGUCACUUGGUUGACAUAGCAGGCUCUGCAUUUGUUGCAAAUCUUCUACUCAUACCAGUGUAUACCAGUGUCUCUCGCAGGAAGCCUCUUGCUUUUUAUAUCUUUCCUGACUCUCUUAUUCAACUAUAAUCAUUAUUUACUUUAUCUUUAAAUAGAUAUAAUAAGAGUUGAUUCGCUUAGGACAACUAAAAGGGUUCAGAAAGUAGUGAACCACGAGAACCCUGAUGAGCUCAACUAUAUAUAUAAUAGAAGACAGGUUUUUUGGCCUGAAAUUCUAAAGAUGUGCUUAGCACCUGUUCAAAAGACAGAAACGUUAAUCCAGUUAUGCUUGACAAAAUACUUGAGUUAUAUUUACUGUAAUUACUUCUUUGCUUUACAGGACCUUUGGCACACAAGGCACUCUUUCUUUUUCUUAAUAUGAACUUUCUAUUACUUCAUCUUAAAUUUUGAAAAUUAUACGAAUUGUUAAUCUAAAGAGUGAAUCAUUGUUUAUAUGUCAGAGGUGCAAGAUGAUGGCAAGCUGGAUUAUGUGUCUGUUGUAAUUUCUACUGGAGAACCGGUCUUGUGGUAUAGGCGUUAAGCGGCCAUAUCUUUAACUUGGCGACGAUAUGGUUCAAGAGAAUUUGAUCAACGAGCAGUUUUUGAUUGAUGCAUACAAGGUGUUUGAUUUAUAUUUUCUAUGAUUUUUUUUGAUUUUGUAAGAUCUUCUCAAACUUUUAUACUCUUUUCAUUCCAACUCACAUGUUUUUUCCUUUGUAAUCUCUCUUCACUGUUUAUUCUAUUUUUUUUUUUGAGAAUGGCCAGUAGAAGCUCUGUGUAUUGGCGGUCAUGUUUAUCGGGUCUUGAUACAUCAAAUUUGUACUCUGGCUAGUGAAGUUUAAAUCUUGAAUAAUCAAUUUUUGUAUUAGUCUGUGUGACCAUGGCACAAGCUGCUGUCCUGGACAUCAUUGUGAUUGUAAAAAAAUUUCUUGAAGCUGCAAAAGUGGCUCGAAGUAAUGCUUCCUACAGAAUUUCUGAUGCAUCAGCUGUUGGAACUCUUGUGGGAGAUAUAGCUUUGUGGGAAGUGGAUUCUGGCAAGAUGGCCCUACGACCUCCGCUGCCAUGGGACACUGAAUCACUUUCGCCAGAAUUAUUGUUAGCAUUUGAAGAAGCUUCAAUCUCAGUAUGUCGUGUAAGAUGGAACCAGGAUGGAACUUUAUUUGGAGUUGCAUACUCAAAGCACAUUAUUCAGCUCUAUUCCUGUCCUGGUACUGGGAAAAUUGUGCGACAUAAAGAGUUUGAACCCGAUACUUGGUGCAUUGUAAGUAGACACUUAACCAUCGCAGCAACACACCUCAGCUGCUGUUCUGUUUUCAUCUUCGUUCCCUGCUUUGUGCAGCACCUGGGGUUUUACAGUUUGAAAUAUGUGAAUUUGUUGAAAUCAUACACCAGGAGAAGCAUUUUCAAAAAGUCAUAUGAGUAUACAAGCAGAAGCUCAAUGAAAAGUACUCCACGUUUUAAGUGAAAUGAGCGACGUCAAUUUGAGACGGUUAAAAGAUGACAUAAGAACAGAAAGACAAGGUUUGGUUAGCUCAACUGUUAAGUUCUUAUCGAGUAAUAGAACGAGAUGGUCCUGUCUAGAUGGGUUUUGAAGGUAAUGUGUCUCAGAAGGUGGUGAAGGGUGAUGCUAACCCAGGUCCAAGCCAUGUGCCCGACGAUGUUUAACUCCGGGGAUUAUGAGUUUAGUUUUUAUCUCAGUUUAUCUACGUGUUUUAGGAGUCUAGGUUUUGAUCUCAGUUUUUCUUUCUCUGUUAUUGCUCUUUUGCAUGGGUUGCAUAGCCUUAGUACCUUUUGAUGUAUACGAAUUCCCAGAAAUUAUCAACAGUUUCAACAAGCAGAAAUAUCAGGGACGGAGGGAAAGGGGGUAUGGGGUGGUCUUGGCCCCCCAAAACCUUUCCCAAGUCCUUUUAUAUAAUCAAUUUAUAUGAUUAAAAUUCAUAA